GUAAAUAAAUUUUGACGUAAUAUGGGUCACGCGACUGCGCCAUUUUGUAGGAGUUUUGAUUAUUAACAGAUCUUACAGCUGAAGUAACCUAUCUAUUCGCAUACAAAAACAAGAUGGCGUCAAGAAAAAAGGUUUUGCUUAAAGUUAUUAUAUUAGGGGACAGUGGUGUUGGAAAAACAUCGUUAAUGAAUCAGUAUGUGAAUAAAAAGUUCAGUAACCAGUACAAAGCCACAAUCGGGGCAGACUUCCUCACAAAAGAGGUUAUGGUAGAUGACAGAUUAGUUACAAUGCAGAUAUGGGACACAGCUGGACAAGAAAGAUUUCAGAGUUUAGGUGUAGCUUUUUAUCGAGGAGCUGAUUGCUGUGUGCUAGUGUUUGAUGUUACUGUGCCAAAUACAUUUAAACAGUUGGACAGUUGGCGUGAUGAAUUUUUGAUACAAGCUAGUCCGAGAGACCCAGAAAAUUUUCCCUUUGUGGUUAUAGGAAAUAAAAUUGAUUUAGAAAAUAGAGCAGUUACAGCCAAAAGAGCACAGGGUUGGUGUCAGAGUAAAGGAGAUAUACCAUACUUUGAAACCAGUGCAAAAGAAGCCAUCAAUGUAGAACAAGCUUUCCAGACUGUAGCCAAGAAUGCAUUAGCGCAAGAAACAGAAGUAGAACUUUAUAAUGAAUUUCCCGAUCAAAUUAAAAUCACAAAUGACAGUGGUAAGCCCAAAGAGGGUUGUGGAUGUUAAUAUCUAUUAGGAUAAUUUUUAUUUCUGAAAAAUAACUCAUUGAAUUAUGUGUACAGCUUGAAGAACAUAAACGCAAGCAUAGAAUGUGAUAUAUAAAACUUUAUUAAAACAGGGUCAAAUGCACCCAGGUCAUAGGAAGAUAACAAAAACAUUGUCCUGCGAUGGCAGUAGUAAAAAUAUUUGAUUCAUGUGAUAUUUAAGAACAUUUUAUACCUAGUAUGACCAAGACUUCUAUUCCUAUAGUCUAAUUUAAUUUUCAAAGAGUUAAAAAAGGAAAAAAAUAGUUCUGCUUUAAUAUGUCAAAUUCUGCGAGGUAAUGCAAUCAUUGCAGUUCUCAUAUUGAUGAUUAAAGCUUAACAAAUAUAAAAUAAUGAUUAUGAUGUUUGGGGUUUAGUUGAUUUUAUAUUGCAAUCCUUUGUCUUCAUUGUAAUAUUUCAUCAUCACAUGUAGCACCCCUCCCCAAAAAUUUGACAAUGCUAGAUAUAACAGAUUGCCCCUGUGUAACUCAUGACAGUUUUAAGAACAAAAAGAGCAAAACAUUCGUAUGAACUUCUUGAAUCAGACAGUAGAAUGAUCCUGAUUGGUAUAAAUGGGUAAUCCAUUAUUAAAUGCUGAUAUGGAGAAAUGCUUAAUUCAAAUCAUCCAAUAGUAUCUUAACUAAAUAAUAUAUUCUCUUCAUAUAUAUCAUAUCAGAUAUGAAUUUGUACAAUGCCUGCUUUUGUUGAUCCAUCAUGGCACAAAAAUGCUUUGAAGAUGAUAAAGAUAUUUUACAGAGGAAAAUAUUUCAUUCAGUUUUGAAGUAAAAUAUACUUGAUACUGACCUCAUUGUCCAUACUAUUAAUAGAACAGGGGGAACUAAUGGGGACUUUUGUUCUUCGUGUUUAUAAGGGAUGUUAUCAAAUUUUGGGCAUGAUUUGAAAUGAAUCCCUAAGUUUUAAAAAAAUGAGUGUAUGGCUGCAUGUUUGUUAAGGAAUAGUAAGCAAUGUCGAUCUUGUGCAAAUUUCUUCCUGGUCAAUUCUCUAUAGAUAUAGUUCUGUAUACAAUUCAAAAUUUGAAUGUACAUAUUUGAUUUUUAAUAUUAUUAUGACAGAUAUAGAAUAUAAAUUGUCUCUACCAUGCCUAUAGUGAAUUGUAUUUGUAAUAAUUAUUAUUUUAUUAAUUAAUGUCAGUAAUCUUUUGAACACAAUUGAUGAUAUUUUGUGUAUAGAAAAUAUUUAUGUAUGCUAUAGUUUCAUUAUUCCUUGGAAUUUACAUUAUUUAAAAUGUUUGAAGGAUUGUACUACCUAAACAUACAUGGUUCAUGGAUUCCAUUCAUCAAAUGGGCCAUUCUUCUGUAGAAGCUAUGCUUACAUUUGGAAAGCUUUUUUUCGGGCCAUCCCUGGGUUUAGAUUGUGGUUAAUUGUAAUAACCCUUAAAACAAAAGCUCUUAUCGUUGUUUAUCUUUUUCCAGGAUCAAUUUAAGUAUAUUCAAAUGAUGCCUAGGUCUUAUUAUUCUCCUCCUUACAAGUUUGGGAUACAGUUAUAUAUAAAAUGCUUCUAGUGGCAAUAAUUGUACAUUUAGUUAUUGUUAUAAAAAUUUUCUUUAUAUUAAUAUACAGUCAAGGAAAGGGAUAUUGUUUCAUUGGAAUGAUGACUUCUUAGAAACUGAACAUUUUCAAAAUUUCUUUCUGGCAGUCCUAAAUAUAGCAAAGUGUUCUUGUUUAUAUUGGAACAUUAGUCCGGUUUAAGUUGAAAAGACCUUUAGAAUAAAUGUCAUUUGACAAUGUUUAGACUAUGUAAUCAAAGUACUUGCCCUAAAUAAUAUUAGUCCUAUACCACGGACUAUAAAUAUAUAUUGUGCUUGAUUUUGUAAUGCAAAUUAAAUUAAAAUAAUCUUCUACACUGUAUAUAAUUUGUUUCUGUCUAAGGCAGAUAAUUAUUGGACAGGCAGUUGGUUUAACAUUAUUAUGAUCAUUCAGAACAGCUGAUAAUGGUUCAGACGAACAUUUUCAAAUUGGUGUUUUUUAAGUUUUCCACCAAUUUAUAGGACCUUUCAGGUGGAAAGCAUAUAUAAGGUGACACAAUAUUGAAAACUAUUUUAAUUAUAAAUGACAUACAUUGUAUUUUGAUUAUAGUAAUUGAUGGGCAUUUUUCAACACACUUCAUUAUUCAGUUUGUAGCUUUAUGCUUUGAAUAAUAUUUGUUUAGUUUCAAGAAAUUUAUCCAUUCAAUUUUAAUUUAGAAUUGGCAAGCAAUAUAAGUGCAUCAAACUAAGUGCUUUUUACAUAUUUCAGGUCUUUAGUUUCAUGUUAAGUGUUGUGAAAUGUGUCUGUGUAAUUUCCCGUUCUAAUUUUCAUGAAGCAUGGUAUUUUUUUCUGGGACCAGACUUCAGUUUGCUUUAUUGGAAAGGAAAUUUAGAAUUUACACUGUAAAAUUGAUAACAUCAGUCACACUUGAGCAGUGACAUGAAUCAUAGAAAGUAAGAAAUAAAAUUAUGUGGUAAUAAAUGUAUUUGAUUAUAUAAUCUGAAAUCAUUUGAAUAUCAGAUGGGAAAAUAUCUAUCUUUUGGAAAUAGAUAAAACUAUUUAAGAAAAAAAAUUUUAUUGAGAUAUUUCCUGUUGUAUAUAUACAGUUUUUAUCGGUUUUGAUUAUUAAAAAAAUCAGUAAAAAUAAUUUAUAAAUUCAGUUAUUUUCAUAUUUCAUGAUAAUUUCUUGAAUAACAGUUUUACCACCAACAGUAAAAUUAAGUCAAGUCAUGCAAAAAUAUAGCCUCAUUGUCAGGAAAGAUGCCAACAUAUACAUAUUUAUUUACUAUGUGUAACUUUUAUGUUGAAACUUAAUUUAUCAACACCAGUAAUUUCUUCUAAAAGGAAUGCUACUGUAUCUGUCAUAUUUAAGGUGAUAAUUAUGAAUAAAAAUCAAGAACUCA